AUGAUAAGUGGUUUAUUAAAACGCGCCAGACUCUACGGACAACUUACAGUAAAUGUACUUCUUAAUCCGGUAAAUCAAGUGGCAAACUUUAUAAUUCCAUGUGAUAAUAGUCAAUUGUUUGUUGUGACAAGAAAUGUGACAUCGUCAACAGGAAUUCACACACAGAAUAAGGAGAAACUAUCUGAAAAAUUAAAGAAUAUGGAAAUACGUAUGUUGCAAAGCAGGUGGACGAACAAAAUUGAAAUUGAACACGUUUUAAACGAUAUUUCGUCUAAGGAUGAUAUAGGUCCCUCUGAAGCACUGUUAGUACUUCGGUGGUGUGAUAAAAUAAUGGAUUGCUUACCAUUAGAGAGAGUUAAAUUUGGAGAAUAUGUAUGGAGUCAUUUAUUUGUGUGCAAUAUUCCACUGGGUGUACAUCAUUAUAAUGAACUUCUACAAAUUUAUUUACAAAAUGAUUAUGAUUUUUCACCUGAAAAAUUCUUAAAAGAAAUGGCUAAUAAUGGUAUUUCUCCAAAUAUCAUUACAUAUGAAAAGUGUAUUAGGUAUUGUUGCAAGAAAAGAAAGUAUGAUUUGGCAACACAAUUUAUGCGACAUAUGAUGAAUCAGAAUUUAACACCGACUGAAAGUAUUUUAGAUAUUCUUAUGAUUAUGAGGAGAGAAUUUAAAGUGGUACCCUGUAUUGAGACAAUUUCUGACUAUGUUUUACCAUUCAGUUUCGGUACUAUACCGACUGUAAGAAAACUGUUAUCAAUCUAUGGAAUAGAUAAAGUGGUAAUUGAUAAUGCUUAUGUGUUGUUCCUAUUAAAGCAAUAUAAAUCAAUAAAAGCUGAUUAUUAUAUGAACAUUUAUCCUGGUCCAUAUAUGUAUAAUGCAAUUGGAGACGAACUUAGGGAAGUUUACAUUUUCAGAAGCGAUGUAAGAAAUUAUGUGAAUAUCGGUGUGAAAUUAGUACAUCAUUCAUGUCCAAAUGUUGAAAGUAUCGAAAACAUUGCCUCAUUAAAAAGAAUAAACCCUGUAUCUAUAGAUAGGCACAUAUUGGAUUAUAUGUUCUAUUAUCCAAAAGAUCACAAACGGUUAAUAAAGAUAAUAACUUAUUUAGCAGAAACAAAUUAUAAAAUAACAGAUUCAACUGCAAGGAAAGUAUAUAAUUUUAUAAAACCACAUGGAACAUACAAUGUCGAUUCUAUGCUUAAAAGAAUCUCAAACAAAAUGAGAAAUGUACAGAUUGAUUAA